CUGUACCAGGCUCUGCCACAUUGUUCCCUUCAGGACUAACCCAUCAAUCAGUGGCAGCAAUGCUUCACCCUUCCUACCUCCAUGGCUGAGGCUCCAUGCUGGGGGCAUGGCAGGGAGGUGGGGAGGAAGGGCUGAGAAAUAGCAGAGGGCCCCUUUCCCCACAAAUAGCGCCCGCUGGCUGGGGGCACAAGCUAGGUUGGGGGGUUAGGGUUGUCUAUGCCACUGGAUCUUUGUGCCAUGCCAGAUGCGGGUAAUGGUGUGGCCAGCCCUGUAUGGCAUUACUUCCUGGAGUUCCCUAGUGAUCCAGGCACAAGACUGGGAGUCAGGGCCACAUGACUUUGAACACUGUCUCUGAAGCUGACUCGAACCCGCACACUGGUUACAAUAUCCGCACCCAUGGACCGGCGCUCCUGCGCACCCGCCCGCAAGGCAGCGUCUCCCUCACCCCCCAUGUCUCCUUGUCCUGUCCCCAAAUACGGGGUUAAAAACUCAGUUCCUCCACUGCUGCUUUCACUGGAGGGCAUGCGGCUGCUGUUGCCCUCGCCGCUGUCCUCCAGUCUGGUUGUCUCAACAUCCUCUCCACUGUCCAUUUCCCCACUGUGGGGGUCUUGAAAAAUCCUGUGCCAAGUGUCUCUCUGCCAGGUGGUUUUGGCUAGGUCUUCACUGCCCUCUGCUACUGAUUUCUGGCAGUAGGACUGGGUGGUGGUUUGAAACGUGGGGCAGAUCUGGCCGGGCCUCUCCACCCUCCUUGUCCCAGAAUUGAUAGCGGGAAGGCUCCAUGCCCUCCCCAGGAGACAAGUCAGAGUCAGUCUUCUCUCCCUGCUUUCACCACUCGUCUCUACACCCCUCCAAGAACCCCUCUUAGCCCCCAUACCCCGGACAUACUUUAACCGCUAGACCUCGCUGCCAUUCUUGCAUUGCUAGCAGAACCCAGGAGGCCUGGCUCCCACCUCCACCCCUUGCAUAGCCCCUCUCAUGAGCCAGCCCUCUUCCCCUGCUGCCUUCUCCGGUGCCCAGGUCUCCCUGCUCAUGGAAAAACCACCUGGUGACGCAAGGGGCUGUUUACCUGCAGGGCCCAGCCCUGCUCUGGCUCCUCCUCUCCCUGUAUAAAAUGCCAGGAGCAGGCGGGAGCUCAAGGAGGAGGGAGCCCAGCUAUGGAAGGGAUGGGGCUUGUCGCUCAGCUUCACCGCUCCACCAUCUGCCCCAUGUGCCGGGACCGCUUCAAGGAUCCGGUGCUGCUGGACUGUGACCACAGCUACUGUCGGGCUUGCAUCACGGGCUUCUGGGCCCGAGAUGGUGCGCGGGUCCUGUCCUGCCCCCAGUGCCACAGGGUCUUUGAGAAGAAGAACCUCCGUACCCACGUCAAGCUGGCCGUGGAGGUCAAGAUCGCCCAGAACCUCAGCGCCAAGACAGCCCAGGACCCUCUGACCCCCAAGUGCCGGCGAGGGCGCAGGGGCUGCCUCCCCGUGUCUGUCAUUCCAGAGAGGAAGGACAUUGGGAAGAUCUGCAGCUGCUGACAUGUCUCUGUAUCUCUACACUGCUUGACCCCGCCUGAUCCUCUUGGACCAUCUUGGAAGCAUCCAUCUGGACCUCUGAGCAGCCCUUGCUCCAGGACAGGCCCGAGGGACCCUGGUGUGCUGAGAUGCUGGGUUGUUGCCUCUGACUGUGAGGUGCAGAGGGCUGACCUGGGGGACGACUAGGCCCUGAAGCUGCCAAGCAGUUGCCCAUAGUAAGGGUGAGCUGAGAAGCCUGGAGCAGAGCUGUGGGCACUACUAGGUGCUGCUGUGUCCCCAGGUCCAUGCUGCUGAUACAGGUCAUCUUGGACUGUGAUGAGGGACACAUGGCUUCCUAGGAUUCAGACACCAUGGAGCUACUGAUUGCUUUUCAUGAGGAUGCUGUGCCCCUUCUGGUGUGCCUUGGGCCCACAGGAGCAUUCAGCUUGCUGUUCUCGCCAUGAUGCGCGGUAGAAGAGGAUGUCUGGCCCACAAAACAUGUAGGCACCUCACCCCUCUUGAGGGGGUCAGGGUGGGUCAUGACAGCUGUCUUCCACCUGCCACAUGCAGAGGAGCUGGGGCAGAAGCACAUACAGCAACCUGUGCUGAGCAUCAGCUCGGUACUUUCAGGGGUUAUGUUUAGAGAGCAGCAGGCACUUGGGAUUCCUGGGACUUGUCGGUUCUCAGCCUGCCAACUCGGAGAUCGACCCUGCUAAGAGCCAGAUUUCCCCUUAAUGCAGGGCAUCGGGUACAUAUGGGACUUCAGGGGCCAUCGGUUGAAGGUAGCUUCCCUAGGAGGGGAAAAGCCUGAGGUUCAAGUCUCCACCCUUCUGAGCCAGCGUGUGCCCCUGACCUGGGGCAGGAUCAGAGCCAAGACUCCCCAGGGAGAAGGGCUCUAUAUCCCAACUCCUCCUGCCUGCAGCAUUUCAGUUCACUCUACUUGCCCUCUUCCCACAAGGGCACUUAUGCCACUUCCCCAACAUAGCCCUGACUCCACCAGGAUUGCCUUGUAUUUAUGUUUGAUGCGCUCUGCCUAUUUUUAAUGUGCAUUUAUCUCAGCCCUUUACCCUACUGCAAGUUGGAAAAUAAAUUCACAAGGGAGAUGGGGACCAUUCAUUCUGUGACAGAGGUGGGCAAGACCUGGCUCAGAAACCAGCACUGCUUCACUCAGGCCUUGCUACCUGUGUCUUGCUUUUUUAUGCGAGUUGGGGGAAUUUCCAGCAAAGUCAGACGUGCAUUUGGGGCCAAGGUGAGUCCAUCUCCUGGGAACAACUCUCAUCUCAUCCUAGUGAAGCACUGACAAGGAGGAGUUAUGUUUUGAAGACCAGCUGAGGCAUAAAGGAAAUGACUGGCAAAAGGCAUUAACAGACCUGGGAGUAGUACCCAUGAGUCCUAAGUGCCAGCGGUUUUCUCCCAUCCUCACUUGUCUCCCAGGCCUGGGAAUAGAUGCCAAGUCUUAAUGAUUGGACUCCCUGCUCUGCAAGCUCACUUCCUCCUCAAAGCUGGAGACAGAUCCCAGGAAUUUCAAUUCCACUUCCCCACCCCCAGCUGUAAACACUAAACUCCACUUUCCUCCCCCCAGCUAGAAAUAGGACCCAGGAAUCCUGACAUGCAGGCCCAGUCUGCUCUAAGAACAAUGCAACUCCUAGAAUUUUCCCAUAAAAGGCAAAUGUUAGCUCCAACUUGAUGCAUAAAAUGCAAUCCCUCCAGGAUGGAUUGUGCCAAGCGCUUCCCUUAAAGGCUGCUUGUUUAGCACCAGUCCCCACAAGCAGGUUGCCGGGGGGCUUCAGGCGGAUCGGAAACUCCACCUGGAUUUUUGAUGCAUUACCAACAACCUUCCUGUCUCCGCAUGUUUCUUGUAGGUGAGAGAAGCAGGGAAACAGUUCUUGAUGGGAUUGGGCUGGGCUCCAGCCCCUUCCAGCUAUUAUUAGAUCCUCCAGUGUUAGCUGCUCAGGAAGCACGGGGCCAGUAGCAGGGAGCUGCGAGUCAGUGAUCUGUUAUGUUCUACAGCCAGGUUUGAACGCGUGCAAUCAGUCUAGAAGCAGGUGCCUCUGUAGCAUGACCUAAAGAAUAGUUCUACAUGUCCUGACCCCUAGGUUCCCUCCCAGAGAGCACAAAGCUGGCAUGAGAUACCCUUCAUCAGCAUUGUUCCCAGUAAGCUAGCAGGGAGCACUAUGCUGUCUCAGGAAACAGAAGCCGAAUGAAAUAUAGCAAAGCACUUCACAUACAUAGUGCUUAAGCUCCCAGGCUCUGCUGCUCAGAAAUCAAAGCCAUGGCCUAGCUCUUAAUACUUCAGCCCCCUCCAUUUUCCCCUUAUGCUGUUGUAAGAAACUAUUAGGUACCUACUGUGCUGCACACCAGAGGUGGCUGUAUCUUAGUGCUGGGCAAGCCACCCAUCUGCAGGGUCGCUGUCUGGCUCUCAGCUGGCCUCUGUACCGCAUGCCAGAAGUGGAUUCAUUUCAAUGCAGUGAAACAUCUCUGUAUAGUGUUUAAUGUAAGGGAGCUCUCAUUCCCUACAGAUAGAUGCCUCUUACUGUUGAUCGUCGAUCCAUCUGCAGCACUGCUGCACAGUUGUUAUUCGGCUGUGCAGAGCAGAGGUGGUUCUAUUUCCAAACAGGAUGAGUAAUUCCUGUGCAGCGUUACUGUACAAGUGUUACUCAGCUGCUAUGUUCCUCCCCAGAAUGGGCUGCAUACAUGCGGCAGAUCUUAGUACUUGGACUGAGAAUUACAGGAAGAUAAGAGAUUAAACCUGACAGCAACAAUACUAUCCUCUAGGGGCACUGUGCCUUAUCUGCCUCUUAUUACAAGCAAAAAAGCUCCAUGAUACUGGUGAGUGUUGAAAGGCAGCAGAUAGCACAGCUCUUAACGGUGGGGGUGGGGAAAAAUAGCAUUGCAGAGGUAUUUAAGAUUGCCAAAGGGCAAAAUAAUAACCUGAGGGAAUGCAUGCUUUGUAGCUUCUGCAGGCCAAGCAUGUGUGCAGUCUCUCCCCUUCACACACGCACACACACACACACCACCCCCUCUGCACAGCUACACCCCCUGCCUCCCCAUCCACUGCAGGGUCUUACCUAUAACUCCUCACCUCCUUCCUCAAGCCAGGGACCCUGAACCCAGGCCUCCCAUUCUCUCCUCAUCACUAAGGGGAAGCAUGUCAACAGCUCAGGUGACGAGAUGCCAGCAUCUCUGGGUGAUGGAACGCCAACAACCACAGGGGCAAGGCCAAGUGCAGCAAAGGACUCUUUUCAAGGUGAUCAACAGAGUCAGGGCAAAGGAAAUCCAGUUCAUUCUUUGUAAUACAGAAAGAAAAAAAAAAACAAGGUGCAGCACUGGGUCUUGGGGAGAUAAUUUCUCUUUUUAUCUUAGAAAUAAAUAUCAGUUGGUCAGGUCUUGCCUUCCCCAUUUUGCUGGAGAUCUCCAUGGAGGAGGUCAACAUGUGGACCAGAAGACCUUGGAAGACGGGUAGAAACUGACUGUCGCUGAAAGACUCUUACCCUCUGUAUUUUUUUUUUUUUUAGAUUUAGAUGCCAAUAAAGGGUACCAAAUCAAAUACAAAUCACUGUCCUGAGUUUCAUUUCCUUGGUAGCCAGGAGGCUGCAAAUGCAACAGUUCUCUAGUCAUCCAUAGAGACUUCCAGGGGAGAGAGGGGAGCUGAAUUUCUAAUAUAUGACAGAGAAGAGAGAGAGAGAUCACUUCCCUUUUUCCCCAGGUUUCUGAGAUAAAGCCCACAGGACUCCUCUGUACAAAGAGGAGCACCAUGUAGGAAAACAAAACAGAAAGGGUUUCCUUAACAGGAUACAUUCACAUAUGUUACAAUCAAUAUCCAGCGGCAGCCAUAAAACGGGAAAUAGCAA